AUGGGCAGAAGUAAAUUAUCAUCUAGAAGAAAUGGUAAGGGUAAAAGGAAAAGAAGUCUAUUGUCAGACGAAGAUAGAUAUUAUGAAUCAUCUACAUCAUCUACUACAACUAUUUGUGUUAGAAAUAUGCCACCUUCAUUUUUUCGAGAUGAUGGAAAAGUUGAUGACGAUGAUUACGUUGUCUCAGACCUUUCUCAAUCUCAAUUACAACCAACAACAUCUCAAACAAUUCAACAAUCAUCAACUCAACAAACAGUUCCGGUGACUCCAAAAUCAAUUUCACCUCAAUCAAUCCCCACAACGACAUCAUCACCUGUAAUUCUUACUACUAGUCUUGCUCCAUCACCAACUCAAAAUACAACAUUGGGACAGGCUGAAUGUGAUAAAUUCACAAAAACUUGUCGUGAUGUAAAUUGUGCUUUCAAAGAUUAUACUGCAACAUGUGAAAAUGGGGGGAAAUGUACGUGUACUAGCGGAUUCCAAAAUUCAUUGAAUGAUGAAAUUAUAGAAUAA